AUGCCCUUCCAACACGCGUUCUCCAGAUUACGUCCUGUAACGCCAGCUUCCUCAUCGCCACCUGCUGAAGUCGACGCCGAACACAAUCCCCAGCCUCACUCCCAGGCACCUUCUCAGAUAUCUGCGCUCGAGGAACAAGCAAUCACGCAUGCGACGCAGAUGGCGGUUGCGCUGGCGUCCCCUGCUGAACGCCCCCAGAGCCCCGUCGAUCCGGACAGAAAACCUCAGAAGAAGGCGCUUCUCAUUGGGAUUUGCCGCGUCGCCGAUCCCCCGGAAUGUCAGAAAGAACGGACGGGACCGCAUAAAGACGUCGAGACUACCAGGAAGUUGCUAAUCGAAAAGUACGGGUACCAUCCGGGCGAUAUUGUGAGCCUCGUUGAUACAGAAAGUCAAGAGGAGGGUCUCCUUCCCACCAAGGACAAUAUCAUGAAACAAAUAAAAUUACUCGUACGUUGGGCAAAGGCUGGAGACCGGUUUUACUUUCACUUUUCUGGACAUUCGGGCCAAGUACCGACGACAGAUAUUCGGGAAUAUGACCUCAUGGACGAAUUUCUUUGGACCAGUGACGGCAAGACCAUCAUGGAUGACGUCCUUCGGGAGGAGCUUGUGGACAAGGUUCCCAAGAACGCCUCACUUACGGUUGUAUUCGACUCUUGCACGUCUGGGACGCUGCUCGGUGCAACACUAUUCGCUUUCGACUGGGGGCCUAAUACUCAUUUCCUGUCCGUAGACUUAGACCACUGGCGCUGUAACCAAAUCUACGUACCUUGGGUCAACAAAGGGGCGCGAAAGACUGAUAGUCUCUGGAACAUCACCAGAAGGCGGUUAGCAGCGUUCAGGCUCCAUUUUUCUCGGAUUCCUGGGAGUCGAAGCGGCAGCAACGAAUCCACCAUGGCAACUCGAAGAGAAGAAGUCUUCGAUGAGAACAACAUCCAGGAAAAUGGAAGAGCGGCUGGCCCAUCGAGCCCUGGGAGCAAUCAGAAGGCUGCCGCCCAAUCUUCCCUCCAUGGUCUGAAGCGGUAUCGUUCGCCCGAGUCGAUACACUGCAACGGAUACUGCCAUGGUCGGAGAGUACCAUGGAUUAGUAACAAUGUGGUAUGCUUAUCAUCCGCGGCUGACGGUCAAAAGACGUACGAGGACGGGAACGGUACCUCCAUGACGGUCGCCCUGAUCGAUCUUCUUGAGAGGGAGCCCCAUCCGACGCUAGAGAGUGUCCUUACUCUCGUCAGCUUCGACUUGCAUCAGAAAUAUGUGACUCUACACGCCGCGUCGCGCGCCUACCGAAAGGAGGUUCGGGAAUUCAAUGCCACGAGGCUCGCGAGGGGCAAAUCUCCUAGGAUGGGAAAGGAAGUAGAGAUGAACAACUUCCAAACACCCCAGCUCUCGAGCCAUCAGCCACUGGACAUGAACCUCUUGUGGAACCCAUAA